GUUCUGGUGAUGAAUGUUCUUUCCACACCGCAUUUGCGACAAUGUUUUGACGCAAACACGUAUGCGUGUUGAAAAUGCGCGGAUGUGAUGGAAGAACAAUAAGUGUAAGACUUUGAAUCGUCAUUUAUUGAGGACUUUUCCUUGCUUCUUGAAAAUUGCAUACCAUUUUAAGCUGCUGAUGCAGUCUAAUUUUGCGCUGGUUCUAGUCAUUCUAAAAGUUACAUUUGUGUCACUGUCCGGCGGUUCAGGGACAGAAUCAGGUGGUGGGAGCGAAAACGUUGUCAUCUGCCGGCACUGUGGACACGACCUCUUCGACCCGCAGUACAUUUUCACCCUUGCAAGUCCUGGAUCAAUCUGGACCAAAAACAACACACUGAUUGGCUCGGUGCGCCCGCACGUGCAGCUGCUCCGGAACCCGCACGGCUACGAGUUCGAGGUGGUGACGGUGCGCCGGAGCGUCUGCUCGCAGCAGGGCGACGAUUUUUAAGAAAAUUCAGUCUGCGAGCAAAACGGACUCCGAAGAUUCGUUUUUCGGGCUCAUACUAGACAAGAUAUUGGAGGAAUCAACGGUCAGCCAGCUACUGCUGACGCCCAAGUCGUACCGCGUGUAGCGCCAUGUCGGCCGAGCCUGCUGCGCCGGCCGCUGCGCCGGAGUCGGCCGAGCUGGUGCUCUCGGAGGCGCAGCAGGCCUUCCUGGACGAGUGCGAGGCCGAGUUCGGCUGGCGGUUCUCGGAGGCGGACGGCGAGUUCAGGCGCCAGCGAGACACCGGCACGCCCGAGCCGCCCGUCAUGGUGCCCUGGUUCAGCCGGCGGCCGUUCGGCGCCGGGCGGCCGUGGCAGGAGCGGGGCGCGCGCCGCGGCCGCUUUGAGUCGCCGUACGAUCGCGACCGGACGGCCGGCGGUGACCGAGACCGCAGCCAGGACGCGUACCGCGACGACAGGUGCAGGGGACGCGAGCCCUACCGGGACGAUGGCUACAGGGGACGGGGGCCGCACCGGGACGACAGGCACGGCCGGUGGGAUCACCGCGGUGGGGACAGGGCCGGUGGCAGCGGACACUGCCGGGACGAGAGGCGACAGCAUGGUUCCGGAUGGUAGCCCCCGCGACUACCGCCUGGGGCUCGGCGACUGGGACAUUUCGUGCCGGGCUGUGUUCAGCGUGUGUUUUUCGCGGGGAGGGGUUGUAUUGCGGGGUUUCCUGGCGUGAAAUGUGUGUUCACUGUAUUUGCAGACAAUAAAUGGUCACUCACGG